UAUUGUGUAUAGAUUAAAAACAGUUUUAGCAUUGAAUUAACGUUCAAUAAUGAUAAAACAGAGGCAAUUAACUUUUUGACGUCUCAUUUCACGCUAAAUAUAACUUUAAUAUCUUGCAGUGUGGAGAGCUCUACCAUGCUUACAAGUAGUACCCCGGGUAACAACACCAUAAACUGAUCAGUGUUUUACUAAUAACAACACUAAUCAAAAUUGCACUGAUUUCUGCUGCUGUAGAUAUUCAUAUUUAAGCCGAUAUCUUCUUCACAUAUGUAAACCAACAACGAGUUUACCAUGGACCCAGACACGGCGGCUGCCAACAUUCGUUCCUUAUCAUGUAAGUUGGACACCGAAUUAAAAAAAAAUACCGAUUGGAACAAGGUUGUCGAAAUAUUAAAAGAAAUCAGCGAAAUAUUCAAGACAGAGAGCAGCCGUAGCUUGACCGUCUCUUCAGAGUUCCUUGAAACAGCAAGUACAAUUCUAGAAACCUAUUUGGCUGAAUCAAGAGAAGUCAAAGGUUUAAAUCAGACAGUUACUGAAGUCUUUAGAUGUUUACGCAAUUCAUGCAUCGGUUCAAAAGAUAACCAAGACACCAUUUGUAGAAACUCUCGAAUCCCACUUCUGGCUCGAGACUUUAUUCGUAUGAUCUUAAAAGAAGGAAGUGAAGAUGCUGAAGUCCAACUCUGUUGUGCUGUACAGUUCAUUGGUAAUGCUGUGGUGAAUAACUAUGACAAUCAAAUACUUGUUUGGAGCAGUUUCUCUCCUGACUUCCCUCUUUUGUUAUCAAGUUGUGAUUGGAAUUUGGGUCACUAUACCUGCAUGGUAGUUCACAAUUGCUUGGCUACCUUAAUUAGCCAGCCAAAUGCAGAUAUCCGUCCAAUUGAUGUUAAAGACCCACUCAUGCAAUCCCUUAUUUUAGCUGUUAUGGACAUGCUCAAAAAAGAAGAUUCAGAAUGGGGGAUUUUUGUUCUGGAAGAUUUUUUACUUGUUGAGGAUUUCAUCUCUGUGAUGUAUCCACAAAUGGAUAAUGAACAGAAGCUUUUGGUUUUGGAUGUAAUGGCAAACCAGCUACAAAGACCAUGUGAAGAAAACAAGGAUUUUCAGGAUUAUUCUCCUCAAAUUUGUGAAUCUAAUCUUUUGUAUUUGGCUAAAGAUUUUAAAGAAAUGUCCAAUAUUCUGCUGUCUUUAGGGGAUUCUGAUACUGUUGAUGGUAAAGAAAUGGAAGAGGUGUCAUUUGUUUUCUGCCACGAAGUCUAUGCCUGUCACAAUUGUUCCUUUCAGCAACCUUUUGUACUCCUAAAAGAACUGGAAGUUCUUUGCUGGGCUACAUGCCAACAUAUUGGUUACCGUGCUUUAACGCAGGAUGAUACUGGACUACUUUCAUGUGCCAUUAAAUUCUUUAAUAAAAGAAGAAAAAACAACAGUCAGCAAAACAGUUUUGAGACUGAGUUUAAUGCAAGAUUUUUGUUGCAAGUGAUCAAUCAAUAGCCAUCAUAUAAAUCAAUACUUAUAGUCAUUAUGUUGAGUGUAGUGCUGCAAGGAAAAAUGUUUUUGAUUUAAAAAAUACCAAAAAAAAAAAAAUGAAAGAAAAAAUUUCAGUUACAUAAACAUCUCCCCCAUAUUUUCUGUUUUGCCAUAUCUAACAACUUUGGCGCAAUAUUUGUAUUGCAGCAUUUGCUAUUGUUUUUAUUUAUUAUUUAGUAAUUAGUUUAUUUAUUGGUGCUGCAUAUAGACGACAUAUGCAGCAGAUAUUUAUUACAGCCAGACAUAUGUCCAGAUGGUAUUUUCUGCAGUCUGCAGAAACUGUGUCUUAUUUUCAUGAUUACUGCCUAAUUGGCAAUUUAGGACAAUGUCAGUGAUGUCUAAUUCAAUAAACUAGCUUAGAGUAGAAAGAAACAAUUAGAUGAAGGAAGGCUGACAUUUUUAGGUGGUGGUGGUAGUAGUAGUAGUAGUAGUAGUGGUGGUGGUGGUGGUGAUGAUAGUAGUGCUGUUGGCAAGGGUUUUUAUAAUGUCGUCAUUGUUUUCUUGAACCUUCUGACAAGCUUGUAGAUAGAAACUGAUGUAUCCUUUGCAUUUUUUUCCUUUUUGUGGAGGAAAAUACAGUAGCUGUGUGUCUAAUAAGAUUUGGAUAUCAGUGUCUCAUGAAAAACUACUGUAUGAUUCUCUGGCUUCCACUGUAUUACUUUGUCUCUUGCAAACUUUGGUAAUUAGAUUUCUCAAUCGGCAAUUGACACUGUCUAUUGAAGAAGUGCUCCUUCAGAUCUUUAAUGAAAUAUUUAUUUAACAUCAAUGAAGAUGUUAGCUGUCUAGUCAGACCAGAUCUUUUGUUUCUUAUUGGUCAAAUUAUAGAUAUUUUUAUUUUAUUUUAUUUUAUGGAAUUCCUUCACCAAAUAACUUCCUAGGAGGGUGUAAUUCCAGUUUAAAUGGAAUUUCUAUUUUCUGUCUUCUUUCUUUGAGUCAGCCACCACACCCCAUAAAAUAAAAAGACAAUUUGAAUACAGGGCCUGUUCAAACAGAGAUGACAUUUAAUAGUUUUCUGCUAUUCUACACUGUGAUAGCCUUAGCCUAAGUGAUAUCAAAAGGUUUGCCAUUAAUUCUCAUCAGCUCAGGCAUUUUACUUCAAUUUCUUGAAUGAAAUGAGAAAUAGAUUUUUUUUUCCUCAUAGGCUAGAAAGAAGAAAAGAAACAAGAUAAAUAAAAUUGUAAGGAAAUAAACAAAAAAAAAGACAGAUGGAGCUUUCAAGAGUUUUUACUUUUGGUUUGCCAACUUCAUAUGUGAAUUAAAUUAAAAAUACCCAAAAGGAAGAAAGAAAAAGAAAAUACCCACCCCAUUUGGAAAUCUGGUCAUAUUUUAAUUGAUUUUUUUCUGUAAUUUAGUUUUAUUGUGAAAUAGCAUAAUAUCCACUAAUUUUUUUUCAUCUGGUCUGUCUAUCAUACUUUCUUUAGUUAAUUUGAUAUUCUGAAGAAAGAAAAAAAUUAUGGUUCCUAUGAUUGUAAGCACGAAGAAAUUGAGUGUUUGUUAAUACCUAUUCUAAACUGAUGCCAAGAUGAAACAUGUCUAUGUUAGUAUGUUCUAGAUCAAGGGGUCCCCAGCUACUGGGCUGAAUUGUGCAUCAGUAUUGAAUUGUGGAUCAUUUGGUACAUGGCUACUUGGAAAAAAUAAAUUUUAAAAUUUUAUUUCUAUUUCAUUGACUAUCACAGUCUGUUGGGUGUUUUUGCAUUUUAUAUGUAGUAUAUUUUUAUUAUAUAUGUAAGGCAAAGACCCCCUUUGGUCAUGAAUGACCAUGGGAUUGCAUCUAGAAAGUUUCCCUCUGAGGCACAACUCUGGGCA